AUGGCAGCAACUCAGAAACUCUACCCUCGUGGUACAGUUAAAAGAAUUGUCAAGGCUCACUCUAAUCGGAGUGUGAGUAAAAAUGCCGACAUUUUGGUGCGCGAAAGUCUCUUCCCCACACUCCUAAACAUAUCGCUAAUGACAGUUAUCUGGAUGGAACAGAUAUUUCUGGACUAUAUGCUGUUCGUGCAAGAAUUGAUGCGCGAGGCCUCAAUUCGGUCAAGAAGAUCAGGCGAGAAGAACAUAUCCGCAAAUUCAAUCCGUAAGGUCACUGAGAAAACCCUGCGCAAAUAUCAAGGAUAG